GACUUUAUCUCUUUUAAUCUGGUAUCUUCAGUACUUUCAGUGCACAACAUUUGCCUUCGUUUCCUGCAUAGUUGCUUUUCAGUUUUUAAGUGUCACUCCUCUUUUUAUCACCCAACAGUUCCUGAUCAAAAUCCUGUUGGUGUACAGAGCAACUCGACAGACCCAGGGACCCUUCUCAUCACAUGGGUUGAAAUGGAAAAACGCUUCCAUAACAGCCAAGACUUCCGGUACAAAGUUUACUGGCGAAAGGCUCAGGGGAUCUCUUCAAACUGGAACUCUGUCAUUGCAAUUUCUCCACCGUUUGCAAUAAACAAUACAGGAGCAUAUACACAAUUUCAAAUUAAAGUUCAAGCUGUGAACAGAGAUGGACCAGGGCCAGAACCAACACCUCAUAUUGGAUACUCCGGAGAGGACAAGCCAGAAGAGCCCCCGACAGGAAUCUCAUCCACUGUGAAAAACAGCACAGUCAAAAUAACAUGGAAGGAAGCCCAGAGGGUUCGAGGUCGACUUUUGGGAUAUAAGAUAUACAUCAGAAGGUUGGGUUCUCAAAAUGAAAGAGGGAGAAGGUCUCUUGGCAAAUAUACUGACUUUGAGGAAAAUGGCAGAAUGGAACAGCAGAAGGACAACAACAGGAAUACCUGGAUGAUAUUGGCUAACAGCACAGAGACGUCCAAGGAGGUGACUGGUCUGCCUCUCUACUCUCGAUAUGAGCUGUGGAUCCUAGCCAUCAACAAAAGAGGAGAGAGCCCUCCUUCUCCAUUACACCAUUUCAGUACCCCAGAGGGAGCUCCUGGUCCACCUGGAUCACUGAGGUUUGAAAGCCCUACAGAGAUGUCCCUGAUUCUCUACUGGACUCCUCCACUGGAAACCAAUGGCAGACUUUUAGGAUAUGUGGUUCAGUACCAGCGAGAGGUGGAGAUUCAAGACAACCUGCUGCAGAUACAGAUGAUCAGCGAUCCCCAUGUGAAUCACAUUAUGCUGGAUAGUCUGGACCCCAGGUGCUACUAUACCUUUAAGGUUAUUGCACGCACUUCUGCUGGGGAGGGACCGCCUAUUACAAAGAGAGGUGCCACCCUGCUGGAGGGAGCGCCUCCAUCAAACAUCACCGUAGUGUCCGGUAACACAUCCUUCAACUUGAGCUGGGUUCCUGGAGAGCGAGACAGGAAUCAUAUCUUCAACAUACGUUACUACAGGAAGAGUGGUGGUGGUCAGUGGAAGGAGUCAGAAGUCGUCAACUCCACACAGGGUUUCUAUUCACUAACAGGCCUCCAAUCAGGAACAGAAUACCAUUUGAUGAUCCUGAAAGGAAACAACACUCAGUGGCAAGAUGUGAAAUGGACCAGAGGGCCAGUGCCGUCAGAGAUGCCUGGUGGGUUUUCCACCCAAGGCUGGUUGAUAGGUCUCAUUAGUGCCAUACUGCUGCUGAUAUUGAUACUGCUCAUUCUCUGUCUCAUUAAAAGCAGACGGGGUGGAAAAUAUUCAGUGAAAGAAAAAGAAAAGACUGAGUUGGGUUCUGAAGUGUGUCCAGUGAAAGAGGAGCUCUACAGUGAUGGUGACGAGAAGCGCUCCGACAGCCAGCAGUCCCUAUGCGACGACAGUAAACUUGGCAGUGACGACUCUCUGGCUGAGUAUGGAGACAGUGUGGACAUUCAGUUCAACGAAGACGGUUCCUUCAUCGGCCAGUACAGCGGACGUGGUCCUGUUCCUCAUGGCAACGAGAGCUCAGGCCCCGCCUCCCCAGCUAACGCAGUCCCCCCUCCCCCUAUCACUCUGUCCAUGUCCAGCAUUCUCAACCGGCCAUGCUAAAUGCACACACACACACACACACACACACACACACACACACACACACACACACACACACGCACCCAUGCCCUCCACCACCCCCACACACCCACAUAAACACACCCACGCUGCCUUUUCUGAAACGCACACACACACACACACACACACUGCCCUUUCUUCUACACACACCAAUCCUGACGGUAAACAGGAAGUACCAGGACUGC